GGGAAAAGUGGGCCUGAUUCUCGGGUGGCCAAUCCACCGAGCCCGCGGUGCCCCAGAGGAGGCGCCAGUGCUAGGCCAGCGCCAGGCCGGGGCUGCCUGCUUCCCGCGGCAAAGUACAAAUGCGCCCGAGCGCGGCGCCUGGCGCCCUUGGCGUGCACAGCCGGCCCGUGCUCAGCCAGCCCCCGCGGCCGCCGCGCCGUCGCCGCCGCCGGUACCGCCGCCCAGCCGGGCCCCAGAACCCCGCAGCCUUACCCCGAGCCCACCGAGCAGAGGGCGCCGGGCGCUUGUAGCCGGCGCGCCCGGAUCCGCCCGCUGGUCCCGCGCGCCUCGCCCAAAGCUGCGCGCUCUGCAGACCCCUGUCCUCCCCGUCUUUCUCCACCUCCCCUCCAUCUCACCUUCUUUGCUUUUAUUGUUUUCCCUUCUUGCCGCACCUUCCUCCAUCUCUCCAUCUCUCUCUCUCCUCUUCCCUUGUUCUCUUUCCACCUUCCUCUUAUUCCCACCUUGGACCUCCCUUGCUGUCCUCACCACCUACUCCACCCUUCUCUGACUCUCCAGUAUAGAGGCAGCCCUCCCUGGGUCUGCGGGCUGCUUUGUGCCCCAGUGCCUCAGUGUCUUCAUCUCACUUUCUCCCAACGCCCCUCCUGGCUCAGUGCCUGGCGGCCUGGCCCUGGGGGAAGGAAGGAUGGUUCCCGAGGUAAGGGUCCUCUCCUCCUUGCUGGGACUCGCGCUACUCUGGUUCCCCUUGGACUCCCACGCUCGAGCUCAUGACAGCCUUUCCAGAGCCAGAGACAAGGAGGCACGAAGCGGGGUCUUUGGGCUGGAGCCUCCCGGGACUGACAAAGCACGGGUUGGUCUGCCAGGUCCAGACAUGUUCUGCCUUUUCCAUGGGAAAAGAUACGCCCCUGGUGAGAGCUGGCACCCCUACCUGGAGCCACAGGGCCUGAUGUACUGCCUGCGCUGUACCUGUUCUGAGAGUGCCCAUGUGAGCUGUUACCGCCUCCACUGCCCACCUGUCCACUGUCCCCAGCCUGUGACCGAGCCACAGCAGUGCUGUCCCCGGUGUGUGGAACCUCACACCCCAUCUGGGCUCCGGGCCCCCCCAAAGUCCUGCCAGCACAAUGGGACCCUGUACCAACACGGAGAGAUCUUCAGUGCCCACGAGCUACUCCCGUCCCGCCUGCCCAACCAGUGUGUCCUCUGCAGCUGUACCGAAGGCCAGAUCUACUGCGGUCUCAUGACCUGCCCAGAACCAGGCUGCCCUGCACCUCUACCACUGCCCGCCUCCUGUUGCCAGGCCUGCAAAGAUGGGUCAGGUGAGAGAUCAGCUGAAGAGGACACUACGCAGUCGCAGCAUGGGGUGAGACAUUCCCAGGAUCCGUGUUCAGGGGACAGUGGGAGAAAGAGAGGCCUGGGCACCCCAGCCCCCACUGGUCUCAGCUCUCCUCUGGGCUUCAUCUCUCGCCACUUCCGACCGAAGGGGGCAGGCAGCACGACAGUCAAGAUUGUCCUGAAGGAGAAACAUAAGAAAGCCUGUGUGCACAGUGGGAAGACAUACUCCCAUGGGGAGGUGUGGCACCCAGCUUUCCGCUCCUUUGGACCCCUGCCCUGCAUCUUGUGCACCUGUCAGGAUGGCCGCCAGGACUGCCAACGGGUGACCUGUCCCACGGAGUACCCCUGCCAUCGCCCUGAGAAAGUGGCCGGGAAGUGUUGCAAGAUUUGCCCAGAGGACAAGGCAGACCCUGGCCCCAGUGACAUCAGUGCUACCAGGUGUCCGAAGGUGCCAGGCCAUGUCCUCGUCCACACAUCAAUAGCUCCAAGCCCAGACAACCUAUAUCGCUUUGCCCUCGAGCAUGAGACCUCUGAGCAGGUGGAGAUCUACCUCUGGAAGCUGGUAAAAGAUGAGGAAACUGAGGCUCAGAGAGGUGAAGUACCUGGCCCAAGGCCACACAGCCAGUAAGUGGAGGACGGGAGCUAGAGCCUGUGUCUUGUGGCGUCAGAUGCGGCUCUUUCCCUGCUCUACUCUGCCUCCUGUCCUAGGAGGAAUGGACGAAGAAAGCGGAGCCGUUCAGCCUGGAGAAGAGAAGACUCAGGGGGACAGGACCAUUGGCUUCCAGGCUCUGAAGGACUGACCCAGGCAGGGGGAGCAGUUGGGUUCUGAGUGACUGCAAGGGUCAGAACAACAAGCAGGGGCUUUGAGAAUCAGACAGCCUUGAGUUUGAAUCCCGGCUCUGCUCUUUCUUAGCUGUGUGGCCUUGGGUAAUCACUUGACCUCCCUGGGCCUCAAUUUUUCUUCUGUUAAUUGGGAAGGAGGGUUUUUGGAGGAUUAAAUGAAAUAACAUGGGUACAGUCCUGACCUAUAGUAGGUGCUAACAACAUUAGUACCUUCAUCCCACCUACUCAGAAUUACAGAGAAGCAUAUUUCUACCGAUGAGGGGAAGCACUUUCUCAUACUUAGACCCUUUCUGUCAAAGAAGGGAGGGAGCAAGCUCAAUUCACAGGGGUGUGCAAGCAGCAGCUGGUGGGGGCUUUGCCACAGCCGAGGAGUUAGAUUCAGGAACACUUAUCAUUGUUUUGUGCCUUGAGGUCCCCUCAAUCCCUGGAUAGGUGCAGGUUUACUUCAGACCUUCCCCCAACCCCACAAGGUACUGGGACCACAAAGAGCAACAGACCCCAGUCUCUGUCCGUAGGAACCCAGGACUUAGUGAUUUGGAUGCAGCAGGAACUCCCCGGGAGCUGGGCUGGUCAGGCUGGAAGGCUUCGUGGAGAAGGAGGCAUUAGGAAGGCAAGAGGAGCACAAUGCAGGCAAGGGUGGCAGCGAGAGCCUCAGGCCCCAGAGCCUCGGGUUCCAUGCGCUCUGCUCUCCCCUGCAGUGUAGUAGGGUGUAGUAGGCCC